CAGGGGGGGAGUGAGGAAGAGUGAGAGAGGGGAGGGGCGAAGCAGGAAGCUGCAUCGGCCUGAUAACCUGCCUCUCUGUCCUCCCAGCAGCACAGGGAGCCACAGACUUCCCCUCAGCCGGCACGUCUCACAUGCUGCCACGGCACCCAGAGGUGUACGUGCAGAGGGGCAGCGCGACCACACGGUGAUGUCAUCAUCCCCUCUUCCUGCCGCAUCACACUCGGCAUCAGCUAUAGGAUGAAGGGCAUCAGAUACAAAGAAAACCAUCUGUCAACAGCUCCUCAUGUAAAGACACUCGUGACUGACUGGUUUCUUAUCUCCUACAGCGCCGUCCACUCCCACAGCAACUGGUGUCAGCUUCACUUCAACAAGACGCUCAGUGACAUGAGGGUGCACGUGAAUGUUGGCUUCAAAUAUGUGCCUAGUAUUAUACAAACCUCUCACUGUAGCGUCAACACAAGAUUCAGUCAGUUUUUACUCUUCAGACGUACAUUAUCAUCAUCUCAGCAGUCUGUGGUGUUUAAAUGAACAAAAAUGAAGGAAAAUAAAGAAGAUGACAGAAAGAAAAGAAGAAAAGUACCGCUGAUACUUUUCUACACUGGGUUGGAUUCUUGCUCUUCUCCCUCGUUCAGCCCCCAGUCCAGGUCACAUCUCUGGCUUCUUUGUGAUGUAGAGACUCCAGAUGCUUUCUCUCACCGUGGAUAAAUAACAAGGAGCGUUUGCUUCUCGUAUGAAGGCGGGAGGUGGACGGUCUUCUGGACUCCGUUCGUCAGGACUCUUGCAGAAAUCAAGCUCUAAAUCAGUGAGCCAGGUGCAGGCCCAGGCCACAGAGGCUAUGGCGGAACCAGCGUACACCAUCCCGGUGUUCCGGCAGAGGACUGCCGAGGAGACUGAGGAGUAUCAGAGAGUGUCUACGAAUGUUGGGAAAGGACUGGCUGUGAUUCAGGAGGAGCUCAGCAGGAUGAGGAUAACCACCAAGGCCCGAGUGGACAGCCUGAACAUCCAGAGAGAGGUUAAGGACAUGAUGGCGAAGAGGCCAGAGUUUUUGGAUGACAUCCCCAAGAUGCCGGACUUCCUGGUUGCCCUGCGACCCCACACCGUGUGGGAGAAGACGCCUGUCAAACUGUUCUGCACCGUGCAGGGAAACCCGAGGCCCAUCGUCAAAUGGUAUAAAGGAGGCGUGCCAGUCGACCCCCUGAACGCCCCUGGAAAGUACAAGAUUGAAAACAAGUAUGGAGUCCACAGUUUGAUCAUUAGCAGGUGUGUUGUGAGUGAUACUGCUGAGUACAGCGCUGUGGCCACCAACCAGCACGGCACGGCCACCAGCAAGGCGACAGUGACGGUGAAGAGAGCGUCAGGAGCUGGCGAGUCCUGCCAUCUUGGUUUAGUGCCUCAUCUGACUGACAUCCAUCCCAGUAAGCUGGAGGUGACCCUGCUGGAUCGGUUCAAGGUGUCCUUCGGUGUGGAGGGCGGCUCCAUCAGUCUGGUCUGCAGCAUGGUGGUCAUCCCCAACCUCCCCAACGUACCGCCGAUCACCCAGUGGUACAGAGACGAUAAACUGCUGAAAGCCGGUAAGCUGGCUGAGAUGUCUGUGGGUGGAGGAGCCGCCCGUCUGACGCUGCCUCACCUGGCGAAGGACGACGAGGGUCUCUACACCCUCCGCAUCUUCACAAAGGACGGCACCGCUGAGCACAGCGCCUACCUGUUUGUUUCAGAUGCCGCCCCCUCUGUGGCCGGCGCCCCUGGAGCACCAAUGAGCGUGAAGGCGUACGACAUCAACUCUGACUACGUGCUGGUCGCCUGGAAACCCCCAAACACCGUCAAUGAGGCGGCGAUCACCGGAUACUUUGUGGAUCGGUGUGAGGCUGGCAGCGACACCUGGGUCCAGUGCAACGACGCCCCGGUGAAGGUUUGUAAAUACCCAGUGCACGGACUGAAAGUGGGCCGCUCCUACCACUUCCGCGUCCGCGCCGUGAACAGCGCCGGCAUCAGCAGGCCGUCCCGCAAGUCCGACAAAGUGACCGCACUCGACGAAGCCGAGAGCCAGAGGCUGCAAGUGAUUAAAAUCGAAGGAAAGUACGACAUAGUGAUCAAGGACGAUGACCUGGAAGGCUACGUAACGAUCCCGGGAGAGCCCACCGACGUGCACGCAUCCGAGAUUUUCAAAUCGUACGUCGUGCUGAGCUGGAAUCCUCCCAGCCCCCGCGGACGAGCUCCGCUGUGGUACGUCAUCGAGAAGUGCUUAGCAGGCACUGGAGCAUGGCAGCGGAUCAACACGGCAGUCAAACUGCAGUCCCCUCGUUACCCAGUUUUUGAUUUGCAAGACGGGCAAAAGUACCAGUUCAGAGUGUAUUCUGUCAACAUGUACGGGUCCAGCGAGGCCUCGGCGCCCUCAGAACCCGUCGAAAAGGUCGACGAGGACGGAACUGAGGUGUCGAUCGGCGUCCCCUCUGCUCCCGGUCAGGUUGUUGCCACCAGGAACACAAAGUCGUCCGUGUUCGUUCAGUGGGACGCUCCCAAGAGUCCCAAAAGCCUGAUGGGCUACUACAUCGACGGCCGCGUGGUCGGAGCCAAGGAGUGGUUCCCCUGUAACCACAAACCCUUCAAACACACCAGGUUUGUGGUCCACGGUCUGAUCCCGGGUGAGACCUACGCGUUCCGCGUCCAGGCCGUCAACGUCUUCGGCCUCAGUGAAGAGUCUCAGGAGUCGUCUCCCAUCGCUGUGGAGCCGGCGCUCGGUAAAGGGGUGGAGUACGCGACUCCCAGCGCUCCCUUCGGCAUCACCAUGCUGAGCUGCGACGGCGCCUCCAUCACUCUGGCCUGGAAGAGUCCCAAACACUGCGGCGGCUCCAAGGUCAACGCUUACUACGUGGACAAGCGCAACGCCGACUCUCUGGUGUGGAAGGAGGUCAACCAGGAGGCCAUCACCGAGAGGAUCUGCACCGUUGAGAAUCUGACCGAGGGAACCUUCUACGAGUUCAAGGUCCAGGCUGGUAACAUGGCCGGUGUCGGCGUGCCCUCAGAUCCCAGCGCCCCGAUGAAAUGUGAAGCUUGGACCAUGGACGAGCCGGGUCCGGCCUACGACCUGAGCUUCAGUGAGGUCAGAAGUCACUCCCUGGUCGUCCUGUGGAAGGCUCCAGUCUACACCGGAGCGAGCGCCGUCACUGGGUAUUUUGUGGAGAUGGCCAAGAAGGGCUCAUCGGAGUUUGUCACUCUGAAUGAGGAAGCCGUGAGCCACCGUUACCUGCAGGCGACCGGUCUGGAGGAAGGUGCAACCUACGUGUUCAAAGUUCGUGCUGUGAACGCGAGCGGCGUCGGAAAAGCUUCCCAGCUGUCUGAGCCGGUCUGUGCUAAAGCUCUGCCAGGCACCAAGGAGAUCGUGGCCAGCGUGGACGAGGAGACCGGAGACAUCUUCCUGUCUCUGGAGGCCUGCGAGAUCUGUGAGACGUCCAAGUUCAUUUGGUCCAAGAACUACAAACCCAUCGGCGACUGCCCCAGGGUGUCCGUCUCCACGAAGGGCAGAACCUCCAGACUGACUUUCACCAACCCUGACAAAGACGAUCUGGGCAGAUACUCUGUGGUGGUCACUGACACUGACGGAGUCUCUGGCAGCCACACUCUGACUGAGGACGCUCUGAACACCAUGCUGGAGCUCAGCUACGCCAUCAGACAUCCAGUUGUUCCUCUGAAACACGGUCUGAACUACGAGAUUCUGGAGAAGGGUCACGUUCGUUUCUGGCUGCAGGCCGUCAAGCUGUCGCCGUCUGUAUCCUACAGGUUCAUCGUGAACGACAAGGAGGUCACCAGCGGAGAGGGACACAAGAUCAGCCACGACGUGGCGACAGGAGUCAUCCAGAUGACGGUGGAUCAUUUCACCAGAGCCAACGAGGGCACUUACACCGUCCAGAUCCAUGACGGCAAGGCCAAGACCCAGAGCUCCCUGGUGCUGGUGGGAGACGUGUUCAAAGCUGCUCUGAAGGAAGCCGAGUUCCAGAGGAAAGAGCACAUCAGGAAGCAAGGUGCACAUUUCUCUGAGUAUCUGUACUUCACUGUCACUGAGGACUGCACCGUUAUGCUCGCCUGCAAGGUGGCCAAUGUGAAGAAGGAGACGACCUUCCACUGGUACAAAGAGGACGAAGAGAUCGUUCCAGAGACUCCUCCCAAUGUGAUGUCAGGAGCCUGCGCUCUUCCCAUCCCUCUGUUCUCCAGAAAAGAUCAGGGCAUUUACAAGGCCGUGCUCGGUGACGACAGAGGAAAGGACACGUCUGUGUUUGACAUCUCAGGACAAGUGUUUGAUGACAUCAUCAAUGCCAUCGCCCAGAUUGCUGGUGCGUCGGCCUCUGACCUGGUGCUGCAGUGUACUCCAGAGGGCAUCAGGCUUCAGUGCUACAUGAACUACUACACAGAGGAGAUGAAGACCGUCUGGAAACACAAGGAGAGUAAGAUCGCCUCCUCUGAGAAGAUGAGGAUCGGCGGCACGGCGGAGAUGGCCUGGAUGCAGAUCUGCGAUCCGUCCGACAAGGAGAAGGGUCACUACUCCAUCGAGAUCUCAGACGGUGUGAAGACCCACACCAGAACCUUCGACCUCUCAGGACAAGCGUACACUGACGCAUAUGAGGAGUACCUGAGACUUAAGGCAGCCGCAUUCGCUGAGAAGAACCGUGGCAGAGUGGUCGGCGGUCUGCCUGACGUGGUCACCAUUAUGGAACAGAAGUCUCUGAGCCUGACCUGCACUGUGUGGGGCGAGCCGACCCCGGAGGUCACCUGGUUCAAGAACGAGCAGGAAGUCGCCUCCACUGAGCACACCAAGGUCACGUUUGACGGCGGCAAGUUCGCCAGUCUUGUCAUCAACCAAGUCACUCCCGACGACUCUGGCAAGUACAGCAUCAACGUGCGGAACAAGUACGGCGGAGAGUUCGUCGAGAUCACCGUCAGUGUCUACAGGCACGGUGAGAAGAUCCCAGAGCCCAAACUGGGACAACCCAAAAUGCCUGCCGCCACGCCAGCUGCUACACCUGCAGCCACGCCUGUGCCGAGGUCCCCUGCUCCGCCUUCCAAGACCCCCACCCCCACCCCCUCCAAGUCUCAGACCCCAGCGCCAUCCGUGAAGAGCCCAGGCUCCACCCCCGCUUCCACCCCGGUCCCCAAAUCUCCAACCCCGGUCCCCAAAUCUCCAACCCCGACUCCAAAGUCUCCAACCCCGACUCCAUCUCGUGGCGUCAAGUCGCCCACCCCGCCCAGAUUCAUGAAGUCUCCGACCCCACCCAGGAAGUAAACAGCGGUGGUGACGUCCAAGGGGGAAAAGUUUGCUGUUAGCAAAGCUGAUUUAUAGCAUGAGUGUGAAACCAUCAGCUGUUAAAGUUUAUGUAGAUGUAGUCGCUGUUAAAAGUCCCACUUUCUGAACUUCUGGACUACCACUGACAAAGAACGGGCUUCUCACCAGUUUGAAGGGUUUUUUCUUUAAUUCUCUCUGUGUUUCCGAGAACAAGUUGCAGAAUAUAAACCUGCAAAAGAGGGACUUUGACAGUGGCGAACAUGCAGUAGAUGUCCCGUCCAGCUGUUUCAUGUCAACUGUGCUUCACAGGAGGGAAAAAGCACAAAAACUAAGAAAAAUAUAAAACCAGGGUAGAUGUUGAUGUUCUGUGUUUGAAAAGCUGCACCUUCCACUACGCUACAUUAGUGGAACGCCUGUUUACAUUUAUUUUUUGUGGCUGUUAAAGGAUAAUUCCCACUUAUUACAACUUGGUUCAUAUUUUCACAGUUUAAUCAGUGACAGAUCAAGAAAUAUGACAUUUAUUUGGAAAAGAAAAGGAGGGCUGGCGGUAAAAACUAUUUCCCAGGCUGUUCGCCGUACACAUCUCGAUUUACUGACUUAUCGUAGUUGUGCACAGAGUGUCCUGUACAGUCAGGGAUUAUUACCGGCAUUUCCAAAUAAAUUAGUUUGGAUUAUUUUCUAACCUGUCCAAUCAUGUUUCUAUCCCUUCUAUCCGUAGUGAUGUCACCGCGUUCCGGUGAGUACAAAGUCAUAACUGCUAAAAAAAAAAAAAAUAUGACCAAAAUUGUUGUCAACCGAAAUUAUCUUUUAAACUGGAUGACCUGUGAGUGAGCAGGUAUAGACCUGAGCGGUUCAGAUACCAGAUUAUUCUUUUUGUUUUAGUUUUCCUGUCAUCAACAGAUGCUUUUGUCCCAUGUAGCUUUCAUCACGUAGAGAUCCCAAUAAAUCUGAUCCUGUGAAUAAAGAAACAUUUACUUCCUGCCCUGGUCUGUCUGUCUGUCCGUCCGUCUGUGUCCCCCAAAGCUUUGUGAUGGCAAUAAACUUUACUUAUCAACCUC